AGGAGCCUACAUUUCCAGUCAAUUGUUAAAUGAACUCAGUAGAUCAUUAUUAUUCAACGAUAGCCUGCAAAUCAAUCCACUCUCCCACCUCAAAAUGAGAUCAUUUGAGGAGAAGUACGUGGAACUGAGCUGUCUUGGCCAAGGUGGCUUUGGCUCAGUCUACGCUGGACUCCGUAUAGAGGACAAUCUGCCUGUGGCAGUCAAGCAUGUUCCCAUUGAUAAGGUGAUAAACACACCUGUGACCCUGGGUGGGAAGCUGGGCCAGCUCCCCCUGGAGGUGGUGCUCCUACUGAUUGUAGGACAGGGUGGGGCGGACAUGGCUGAGAAGGCCAGGGGUGAGGAGGUGAGGGGUGAGGCCAGGUUUGGAGGGGGAGGAGACGGUCAGGCAGCAGUGGAGCUGCUGGACUGGUACGAGCUGGACCAAGAGCUCAUUAUAGUUAUGGAGAGGCCUGUACCCGCCGUGGAACUGUUUGACUAUAUCCAGGAGAGAGGAGGAUAUCUCCCAGAGGAUCAGGCCAAGAUCAUCCUGAGGCAGCUGGUUGAGGCCAUGGUCAAUUUUCACUCUUGGGGUGUCCUCCACCGAGAUAUUAAGCCAGAGAACCUUCUGGUCGAGACCGGUUCUGCAGUUCCACGGAUUAGGGUUCUGGACUUUGGCUGUGGCUGCAUUAUUCAAGAAGCACCCUACACCGAGUUCCUUGGGACCAAAAUGUACAUCCCUCCUGAAUGGUACCUCCAUGGUUCCUACCAGGCGGUUCCAUCCGCUGUCUGGCAGCUGGGGGUACUGUUAUAUAACAUGCUGUCUGGGAUAUUCCCCUUUCGCACACCCGACCACAUCCUUUAUUGUGAUCCUAUCCCUACCAUGGAUGGGUUUUCCAGACAAUGUAAGAACCUGCUGAAAUUGUGUUUGGCAAAGUGCCCCGAAGACCGGCCUACUCUAGAGGAAGUCCUUCUCCACCCGUGGCUGCAUCCAGAGGAGGAGAGGAAAGCAGGGAGACAGAAAAAGAGAAAGGACAGAAGAGAUGCAGAGAGCAGCAGAGGAGGGGAGAGAAAGAGAGUGCUGGAAGAGAGACAGGAUUCGGGGGAGUCUUCGACGGCACUGUCCCUUGAGGACGCCUCGUCUUCGUCCUCCCUCUCCCUGUCCCAGGGCAACACCAAGAGGUGUAGGGUAGAUCCCAGGAGCCCCGAGGUGUCCCCUAAAAACACCAUUGCCACAACAAUGACCCCACAUGGUACACAUGGAAGAGUGGGAUGCAGCCUAGACAAGGACCCAGAGGCAAAGCAGGGCUACAUGGAAAGGGAGACAGAACUUGACAGGGCCCGUGCUGUGUCCACCAUCCCAGAAAUGAGUGAUACAGCACUGCUGCCCAGAGUCCCUCUGCCUGUGCUGCCCAGAGACCCUCUGCCCGUGCUGCCCAGAGGCCUGAUGCCCGUGCUGCCCAGUGGCCUGGUGCCCGUGCUGCCCAGAGGCCUGGUGCCCGUGCUGCCCAGAGGCCUGGUGCCUGUGCUGCCCAGAGGCCUGGUGCCCGUGCUGCCCAGAGGCCCUCUGCCCGUGCUGCCCAGAGGCCUGGUGCCUGUGCUGCCCAGCAACGAGCCCUCUGCUCCUCCUGAGCCCCCAGCAGAGUCCUGGUCGACUCCAGCACCCCCAGAGCUCCCUGCACAUAAGAAGCCCAGCCUUGGUCACCACCACCGACCCCCUGAGCACCUCUGCACAUCCAGACGGCCUCCAGGUCUGCCUCCAGAGCUGCCCCGGCUUUUCACCCUGCCUCCUGGCCGGCCUCCAGAACUGCCCUGGCCUUCGUCCCUGCCCCCCGGUCGUCCUCCCGACCUCCCCACUAUCCCUUUCUCCCCCCCGCCCUCCUGACCCCCCCACCCCCACCCGCAAGAAAACCCCACACACAUCUAUACCCCCCCCCCCCCCCCCCCCACUACAUUCAGGAGAGAGGAGGAUAUCUCCGAGGAUCAAGCCGAAGAUAUCCCACAGAGAUUUCCAAGCCAAGAUAUGAACCUCCAGAAGGAGGCGGUUUGGCAAAGACCUGCCCACUCUGGAGGGAAUUCUGCUCCACCCUUGGCUGCAGUGGUCCAUCCCCUCCCCUUCACCUCUGGGGACACACCAUGGGUCGGUGUGCAGCUCAUCCACUGCCUCACCACAGACCACCUGGGACAGAACAUCUUUUUUUUUCUUUCUUCUCAAAUGUCCCAAGCAUAUUCACUAUACACUAAAUAAAUAAUGCAUUAUAU